CAGAGUGAAGGAGAGAGCAGAAGAAGAGCGGGAGUGUGAUUACUGUCUGUUUACUGUUAUUACAGGAGAAUGGCCGACCUGGGGGACAUCAGCAACCACAUCCAGGACAGCAUAUCUUCCUUAAGAUUCCUCCUGGACCUGUCACUACUGGAUUCACCGCAAGUGAAGAUGGAGAAACUCGAAGAAGGACUCUGUGUGCUUGAGAGACAUCUGGAGAGGUUUGAAAGCUGUGUUGAGAAACAGGAAGAGCACCUGAAAGAUCUGAAGGAACUUGAGAAGUUGAGUCAGAUGUAUUUGGAAGACGUUGAGCGCAUGAAGGACAAUGUGCCUCCGCACAUGCCUCAGAAGAAUAGCUCAGCCAGUGGGAACGAGUCCGUGACGAACCAGAGUGAAGCAGACGUUCAGCCUGCACAGACAGAAAACUGUAAAAAGUCCAAGUGUUUCAUCAAAGAGAUGGAUGUCAUCACAGUACAAGAAUUCAACGGCAUUCCUCAGUACAUGAAAGGGCGCGUGUCUUAUGACCAGGUCAACAGCGCAGUGCACAGCAUCAACUCUGCCGUGACAUUCAAGUACAAGAUCGUCCAUCAGCCGAGAAAAACUCUCAACAAUCAGUCCGGCAAGCUCCGCCGGCGCUUUCAGGACCAGGAGACCAAAGACACCAAAGGUCAGUAUUUCAUCGUGGAGGAUGACAUCCGAGAGUUCACUCAGAUGAAGGUGGACAAACGCUUCCAGGGGAUUCUGAACAUGCUGCGCCACUGCCAGCGCCUGCGGGAGCUGCGAGGCGGAGGAAUCACUCGCUACGUCUUAUUAUGACGGGAUUUUAUCCCUCUUUCUCUUGGACACAAAGAUCGUUUUUAUCCAGUUUAAAACAGUGCUGUUGUGCUCUAUAACACUUAUUCAUCUGCACAUCAGUGUGUGUUGGCGUCUCAGACUUUCGGAUCAUAUUGAUUAGGCUUCAUGCUGCUGUAACAUAUGCUCUAUGGUGCUCUUGAGAUUGCUGCUCUUCCCUGACAUGUUUCAUCAUGAAAUAUAGAUGUGUAUCAUAAAAAAUUUAAGUCCGACUAAAAGUGUACCCUGCACAUACGUAAGCUCAUUUUUCUGUUCUCUUCUUCUGUGAAAGUAAAAUUAUUUAACAUUUAAGUGUUUUAAUCUGACUUGUGAUGUUGCUCUGUCUUUA